AUGAGCGUCAACCACACACCAGCAUGCCCCCGGUCCCCAACCGAGCCCGAUGAGCCGUACAGUAUUUUCGACAUCUGCCAGAAACGCAUCAUCAUAUUCAUCGUCUCAGCAGCAGCUACUUUCUCCGGCUUCGCCUCCAACAUCUACUUCCCGGCACUCCCCACCAUCGCCGACGACCUCAACGUAUCUGUCGAGCUGGUCAACCUGACAGUCACCACGUACCUCGUCUUCCAAGCCCUGGCGCCAAGCCUCUGGGGCCCCGUCUCCGACGUCAAGGGCCGCCGCGUCGCCUACUGCUGCACCUUCGCCGUCUUCCUCGGCGCAUGCAUCGGCCUCGCCGAGGCGCGGAACUACGCCACGCUCAUCACCUUGCGAUGUCUCCAAAGCGCCGGGAGCGCCAGCACGAUCGCCAUCGGCUCGGGCGUCAUCGGCGACAUCACAACCCGCGAAGAGCGGGGUGGGUACAUGGGCGUCUUCCAGGCCGGCUUGCUCGUUCCCGUGGCCGUCGGUCCGGUCAUCGGGGGCGCGCUGGCCGGGACCCUUGGAUGGCGGAGUAUUUUUUGGUUCCUCGCCAUCUACUGCGGCGUGUUUCUCGUGUUUCUCGUGUUCUUGCUUCCCGAGACGCUCAGGUCCACCGUUGCCAAUGGCGCGAGGGUUCCUCCAAGCUGGUUUGCGAAACACCCCCUGUUCCUAUAUCAGAGAACCACCAAGGUCAAGUGGAUAUCCAGAGGCAUAUCUCUACCACCACCAAAGAAAGUCGACGUAACGGGACCGAUACGCAUUCUCUUCGAAAAACGCGCAGCCCCUAUCAUGCUCUUCCUCGCGGUAUACUACGCCGUGUGGCAGAUGAGCAUCACCGCCAUGUCAAGCCUCUUCAAGUCGCGGUACGACCUCUCCGACACCCACAUUGGCUUGACCUUCAUCGCAAACGGCGGGGGCUCCAUGAUCGGCACCCUCGUCACAGGAAGAUUACUCGACAUCGACUACCGCAGAGUAAAAGCAAGGCACGAUGCAGCCAACGAGACGGGUGACGCUGCUGUCACCUCCCUCACAGCCCCGGAAUUCCCCAUCGAGAGGGCCCGCCUCCGCCUCAUCCCCGUAUUCUCCCUUCUACAAUGCCUCUCCAUCGUCGUGUUCGGCUGGACGAUCCACUUCCCCCGCCACGUGCCCAUUGCCGUGCCCAUCGCAUCGACCUUUGUCACCGGCUGGACCGCCGUCUCGACGCAGUCCCUCGUCAUGACGUACCUCAUCGACGUGUUCCCCGACCGCAGCGCCGCCGCGAGCGCCAGCCUCAACCUCGCACGAUGCCUGCUAGCGGCGGGUGGCACGAGCUUCGUGAUGCCUAUGGUGAACGCUAUCGGAGUCGGCUGGGCGUUCACCGUCUGUGUUGCUGCGCAGGUGGUGGCCCUGAUAGGCGCGGUCGUGCAGUGGAAGUAUGCUGAGAAAUGGAGGCGCGAGAUACGGAGUGGAUGA